CUUUCUUCUUUCAUUUUUGUUUUGGGUUUAGGAGAGACAAUUUUAGCAAAAUUAACUGCUCAUAAAAAACAUUUGAGCUGUCUCCAGAGAUACUCUCCCUGUGAUCUUUGUGAUAACGUGGGUCCACAGCGCGGAAGGGACAUCAAGUGCAUGCUCCCCUUUGCAGAGGCGUCGCUGUUGCAGAAAUAGAGGCAUGACCCCAGAGUCUUCACUUCCUCCUUGGACAGGACAUAAAGAAUUGAGCCUUCUUUCAGGAAGUGGCCACCACGGAGAGACCCAGCCGCCCUGGCCAUCGUGCAGCUCAUCACACUGUGAAUUAUUGUGUGACUCUGGCAGUAGGCACUGGGGAAAGGACCUUCAGGUCUGAAGGCACAAGCUCCAAGGAAAAAGCAAAGAACAGGAGCCCCUUGGUUCACUGCUGUCUAGAUGCCGGGUCCUGGAAGUUCUUCCUAGGGUUUGCAAAGAGACCAUUGCUUCCAUGUACUUCUUGGAAAAGAGAACUGGCACCGGUGCAAAGGACAGUAAGGAGUUGAGCCACCCCUAGGACCAUGAACUCCUCUGCUGAGCCCUGCAACAUUUCAGACUGGUUGAGGCUGGAAGCAACCGUGAAGGCCUCUGUGUUUGUGGUCACUUCCUCCUUUGCCAUGUCCAUCACCGUCAUCAUCAUCACCACGGUGUCACAGACUGUGAGGCUGCGGAGAGACACCCGGUACCUGCUCCUCUGCCAUCACCUGCUGUGCAUCUCCUCCUACUGUGCCCUGGGAGUUGUCUUCCAAGGAAUGCGGGCUCUUGGGGCAAACAGCCCCCUGCUGAUAUGCUGGGUGGUGUUUGGAGCACAGCUCAUUUUUGGUGAAGGGAUUCUCUUCAUUCUGGCCUUGAUGGCUCUGAACACCUGCCUGGUGAUUUGCUGGCCACUGAAAUCUCUGUCCUUUGUAGGUUCAGUGAAGUAUAGGAUUCUGGCUGGGGUGUGGGCAGUCAUUGUAUUCAAGAAUGUUUGCUUGUUCCUCAUAGAGGGCAUCGGCCCUCCCUCAGUUGCUGUUUUAAAAUCCACACCCCUUUGCCCUGUGACCUUGAAUGGCAUACUUGCCAGGACCGUUGGCAUGCUUUUCCUCUUCCUGCCUUUGUCUGUCAUUGUUGUAAGUUACCUUCUGAUAUAUAAAGAAGGGAAACGGGCUGGUCAUUUUAACAAGUCGAACAGCAGAGCAAAGCGAACAGUCCUAAUUCAUCUCCUGCAGAUAAGUUUACACGUUGUGCCCACCCUGCUGGUCAUAGGUUUGGGAAAGAAGUGUGGAGUAUUUUUCUUCUCUCUGAACCUCAUCCUUUUUGGUGUCUUUUCAUUUGCCCAGUGUUUUAACCCUCUGGUCUAUGGGCUCCAGAACAAAGAGCUACGAGGCAGAUUGCACCAUUGGCUAUGCUGUCGGGGGAGCUGCGGUCACUUGAUGACUAGAAGAGGGUCUGUUUAGGCAAAAGUUCAGCCAUGUGAACAAGCAGCUGCAGUCCUAAUGGACACAACAGCUAAGGCCGAGGACCUGCCUUCCAUUCAACCCCAGAUGGGUGCCUUCAUUUGAUUCUAAAAGUAUAUGAGUGAUUUGGUUGGUGUACAGUUUUUUUUUCUGUGCACCAUGACUUGGCUUGAGAUUAUUUAGGUGUUCUGAAUUCCUUUUUUUCUUCUUUUUUUAAAAGACAGGUUCUCACUCUGCAGUUCAAGCUGGCCUUCAACUCACUUUGUAGCCCAAGCUGGCCUCAAACUCACAGCACUUCUCCUGCCUCAGCCUCCCAAGUGCUAGGAUUACAAGCAUGCACCACCAUUCCUAGUGGUGUAUUGAAUUCUUAACACAGAGAGCAUUUUUGACAGCCUGCCCUGCUGGGUCUGAGUAGUUAGGCAGCUUUUGAGAAAGCACUUGUUGUUUAAAACUGAGAAUUGUCCAUGGUUAGUGUGAAGAGAAGCCUGGCCAUCCCAUUUAUCCUAACUAGGGAUGGUCUGGGCUGUUGAUAGUAACAGAAACAUCAGCCAAAUAACAGCGACUUCAGAGUCAGAGGUUGAAUUUUGCUUGUGUAACAGAAACCCGUACAACCCAGGUCUAUGUGGCAACUCUGCAGUCAGCAGCUUCGAUCUCUCUACCCUGAGUCCUGUUUUACCUCACGAAGCCUAAGAGCUGAUAAUGCUCUUAUUACCACAUCCAUGUUUAGCCCAUAGGAUGGAAGAGAGGGCGAAGGUCUGAGCCCAUCUUUGAAAGACACUUUGUGGGAAUUACAUAUUUUUAUUUUUUACAUCUAACUGGCUAGAAUGGAGACCCACAAGAUUAGCUUUAAGGAAGAGUGGAAUAUAUUUUAGUUGGAUAGCACUGUCCUCAGCUAAAAAUUGGAGUUCUUAAUACUAAAAAAGGUGGUAGUGCAUGCCUCUAAUCCCAGAACUCAGGAGGCUAAGCCAGGACGAUUGUCAUGAAGCAAGUUUGAAGCAAGUCUGGGCUAUAUAGUGAGUUCAAAAUCAGCCACAGCUGCAUAUGAGACCUUGUCUCAAAAGCAAAAAUAAAAACAACAGCAAUAACAAUUACUAAGAGAAGAAGAAAGAAUAUAUCUGAGAAGGCACAAUUAUUUCAAGGGCUAUUUUCCUCCCAACCAAAUAAAGUAUAAAUAAAAAAUAAUUUAUGAUCGUCACAAGCAAAUGCUCCAAAUAUGUAGGUUACAGUCAGAGUUCACUGUUCAGGACCCUGGAAAGCUUAUGUUAUGUUAACAGCUCCCAAAGACAAUGGCAUCAGUGGGAAAAUGUCAAGUUGAUUCAAACAUGGGAAUUAAUUCAUAAUUUAAAUCUUAAAAUAAUUUAAAUUUGAGGCAGCAGUGUGAAAUAAACAUUUACAGAAGUGUA